AGCACACCAUGACUCACACAACUCGUUUCUAGAUAGGGUUUUUUCCUCACUUUUUUUUUUUCUAUUACUAGGUCUCUCUAGUCUACUUAUACAACCAGCCCCAUUUCACUCCACUGCACUCCGUCGCACAACCGCCGUAAUCUGCCAUAGAUACACUCACGCACCUCCCCCAACCACACCAUCACCAGAAAAUAAAAACAGAUACGCACCGUUUUACGAACACACGCUCAAUCAAUGAAUUAAUUAAUACCUUAUAUAUACAAGCACAGAUAAGUAACAGAGCUAGGGUUUCGAAUUUGUAACAAAAAACGGAUUUAUAGGAGAAGAAGUGGUUAAUGGAGGAGGUGAUACUUGACGAGAUAAUCAGAAAGCUUAUCGAUGCUAAGAGUGGACGCGUGCCGAAGCAGGCGCAGAUCACGGAGCCGGAGAUUCGCCAGCUUUGUACUGCUGCUAAGGAGGUUUUUCUCGGUCAGCCUAAUUUGCUGGAGCUUGAAGCUCCGAUUAAGAUAUGCGGUGACAUUCACGGACAGUAUUCUGACCUCUUACGUUUGUUUGAGUACGGUGGACACCCUCCAGAGUCAAACUACCUAUUUUUAGGAGACUACGUUGACCGUGGUAAACAGAGCAUAGAAACAAUAUGCCUUCUGCUUGCAUACAAGAUAAAAUACAAAGAAAACUUCUUUCUUCUCAGGGGAAACCACGAAUGUGCAUCCAUCAAUCGCAUAUACGGGUUCUACGAUGAAUGCAAAAGAAGGUUUAACGUCCGUCUUUGGAAAACAUUCACCGAUUGUUUCAACUGCCUGCCCGUUUCUGCUCUUAUCGAUGAUAAGAUUCUUUGCAUGCAUGGAGGAUUGUCCCCUGACUUGAAGAACUUGGACCAGAUCCGAAAUAUAGCCCGACCCAUUGACGUCCCGGAUCAGGGUCUUCUUUGUGAUCUAUUAUGGGCUGACCCUGAUAGAGAUACAGAAGGAUGGGGAGAGAAUGACAGGGGCGUUUCCUAUACGUUUGGAGCUGAUAAGGUUUCCGAGUUUCUUGAGAAACAUGAUCUUGAUCUUAUCUGCCGAGCUCACCAGGUUGUGGAAGAUGGGUAUGAGUUCUUUGCAAACCGCCAGCUUGUAACUAUAUUUUCUGCACCAAAUUACUGUGGUGAGUUUGAUAAUGCCGGUGCAAUGAUGAGCGUGGAUGAUACGUUGACCUGUUCAUUUCAAAUUCUCAAGGCUUCUGAAAAGAAAGGAAGGUUUGACUUUGGCAACAAUAUGUUGAGACCCGGAACUCCACCUCACAAGGGAGGAAAGAGAUGAUUGUUAUGUUUUUUAAAGAUCAUACGCUUUGUGUAUUAUCUUCUUCUGCUAAACUCAAGAUCGUUGGCAGAAAAGGGUUUUAGGGACGAUGCUGUUAUUGCAAAGGUACAACCGCUGAAGCUCGAGUUACCUGCUAUAUCUGCAUUUGCAUCCAAGGUUUUUGUUAUGUAAAACGACAAGUUACAUCUGAUUCUUGAACUGUUGUUUAAGGACAUCCCUUUUGGUGCCUUUUCAAUGUGAUCAUCUUUUUAAGCCAGUUUUCUUUAGUAAAAUUUAUGGGACAAAUUGUAAUUCUAAUUGCCGGUGGAUAUGCACCAUCUAGAGUCCCUUCAAUGUGGUUA